UAAUUUCUUCUCCUUCUUCCCCAAAUCUCUCUCCCCUUUGUUCACUUAAGUAUUUGCUCGAGUUUGGGUUCUCGAAAAUGCUUGCUCGGCUCGCGUCCCAACGUUUUCUCGAGAUCCAUCAAGCUUUCCGUCAAUCUCCUCAGGCAUAUCGAUCUUUCUCCACUGCCUUGAACUAUCAUCUUGAUACCCCAGAUAACAAUCCCGACCUUCCAUGGGAAUUUUCCGAGUCGAACAAAGCAAAGGUCAAGGAGAUAUUGUCUCACUAUCCAUCCAACUACAAGCAAUCUGCAGUUAUUCCUUUGCUUGAUCUUGCUCAGCAGCAGCAUGGAGGAUGGCUUCCCGUUUCAGCAAUGCACGCUGUUGCAAAGGUUAUAGAAGUUGCACCUAUUCGUGUAUACGAGGUUGCAACAUUUUAUUCAAUGUUCAAUCGGUCAAAGGUCGGGAAAUAUCAUCUAUUGGUUUGUGGCAUUCAUCUUUUGAUUUUAAGACAACUCAAGUUUUUCUUAAGCGUAAGUAUCACCUAA